UAAGCAGUUUUAUAACAAUAUCUGCUUAAUCAUAUAAGCCAACAAUGUUAACUCAUUCAACAUAGUUUGCCCAAUUCAGUAAAACCGAUAUAGACAUGAAGAAUUACAAUACAAUAGUCGGAAUAUUGUUCAUUUCAAUGACCGUACUUGGAAAUGGAUUGAUUCAGAUUUCGGAUGGAAAUAUAGAUCAAAACAAAUGUCAUGGUCAUGCACAUGAGGAACUGUAUCUUCCUAGCGGUGGUUGUCACAAUUAUUAUUAUCAAUGUGUUCAUGGUACAGGACUAAAGUUAAGUUGUGCCGGUUCGUUGUCAUUUAACGAAAAAAUUCAAAGAUGUGACUGGUCUUCUAAUAUACCGGAUUGUCCUGAAUAUACUGGGAGGAAAGGGUUAGUGGAAACGACAAAAGCAACAUUAUCGACAACUGAAACGUGGAGCGAGGAAACAAAACCAGUAAAAGAAAAUGUUAUUUGCGGCAGAAGAUUGCCUUCAAUUUUAGUAGCAAGAGUUGCUGGAGGAAAUGACGCCAUAGACGGAGCUUGGCCUUGGCAAGCAGCACUAGUUAAAAAUCCACAACGUAUGGUAUUUCAGAUUCGUCCUCAGAAUAUAUUGGGUGGAGGUUCUGUUAUAAAUAGCAGAUGGAUUUUAACGGCUGGUCAUAUAUUCGAUGGGAUCUUUGCUGAAUCUCUUGCUACAAAUAACUGGAGAGGGUUUCUCGUUAUCUUGGGCAUGACAAGAUUUCCCGAAAUUGCAGAAUCUCUACCCAAAGGGACUUUAGUGUUUGAGCCAGAAUUUGUGAUCAGACAUGAGCGGUACAAUGGGUUAACAUACGAUUACGACGUGGCACUGAUAAAAUUUGGUAACGCUCUUCAAGAAGUCAGACGAAGAUUGGUACCAUAUAGAGAUUUGGAAGAGAUUCCUUUUGAUGGACGUAUUCGACCGGUUUGUUUGCCUUGCUCCAGUUCCUGCGGCACAGACACAGCACGGAAGGAAAACUUUUGUAAACAGCAAUGGAACGUUCCAAAUAGUGCUGAUAUAAAUUAUCAGAGUAUGUUAGUUACGGUAACUGGAUUCGGAUCAAUUUUACCAAGAAAUGUGACGUCAUCUAAUUUCCAUUUUCCGAAAAUCUUGCAACAAACUGUUCUUCAAUUACUGGAUCAUGACAGCUACAAAAGCGGUGUGAAAUUCAUUAACGAAAUUUUCGCUUCGGUGGGAAACGAGGCUAUUGCAACUUAUACAAAACAAAUGAUAUGUGCCACAGGUUCUGAUUCCAGUCAAAUUUCAGAUGCUUGCCAAGGAGACAGCGGAGGUCCGUUGGUUGCAAAGACGGAAAUAUCAGGAGGCAAAGUUUGUUGGACACAGCUCGGUAUCGUCAGUUGGGGGUUGGGCUGCGCAUCAUCUGUUGGUAACUCCAAACGUCUUCCCGGUUACUACACCAAUGUGGCCACCGUGAUUGAUUGGAUACUUGAAAAAGCUGAAAUGCAAAAAUUGACUACAACGAUGCCGCCAUCUAAAGGAAAUACUACCAUUAGCCCAGAUUUGUCGCGCUCAUCUUGUCCCAAGCCAAAUCCGAUAAAAAAUGGACGAUUCAGAGUAUAUGACAAAAAACGAUCGGUUGGAAGUAUUGUCAGAUAUUAUUGUAAUGACGGUUUUAUGAUGUCUGGUAAUAAUCUAGUUACAUGUGGAUUGAAUGGCCGAUGGGAACCAACUCCAACUUGCACUGAAGGUAGAUGUCCCACUCCUAAGGCACCACUUCACGGAAUUGUAUUUGGUGAUUCAGUUUCACUUGGCAGCAAGAUUAGAUUUGAGUGUAAAGCAGGUUAUCAAUUGAAUGGCGAACCGAUUUCUAUAUGUACUGUUAACAAAAUUACUUCGAAGUGGAGCGGGAAACCUCGAACGUGCAAAAUAAAAGCAUGUGUUCCUCCGAACACACCAGUUAAUGGAAAAGUAAUAGGCAGGGAUUAUUCCAGGGGGGCACAAAUAGCAUUUGAAUGCAACGAAGGUUACAUUUUGAAAGGAAGAAAUAUUUCAAAGUGUAAUCCAAACGGAAGUUGGAGUGGGAGGGCAAGACAAUGUAAAGAAGAGAUGACUUGCAAAAUUCCAAGAGCCCCUAAAAAUGGUGGAAUAAAGUCAUUACAAGACACCAUUAAGACGGGCGGUUAAAUUAUUUACUUCUGUGAUAGCGGAUUUAAAAAAAUUGGUGUAUUAUGGUCGCAAUGUUUGGUCUCUAAAACGUUUUCAUCUUUACUACCCAAAUGUGUAUAACUGGAGUAAACAUUUGCGUUGUUAACAUGGAUUGCGUAAUUUCUCCACCAACCAAGUCAAAAUGGUAGGAUAAAAAGAUGGUUCAAAAAACUACACGUUACUAUGUGUUGCUCUGUACACAUUUUAUACCUUUUAUAAUAUUGUACUUACGUAUUACCAACAUGUUUUCUGGAGAUGUUGUAAUCAGUGGCCUAUGUGAAAUUACUUUGUCAAUUCAAACAUUAUUUGGAUCAAGCAAAUAACUAGUAUUGUUUUGUCCGACUGAGGUCAGAAGCAUAUUCAAACAACUUGUAACAAUUGUAAAUAUUUUUAUUCAACGGUAAAUAAUGGUUUCUUUUUUCACCCUACUAAAUCAACAUAAGUCAAUUAAUGGUCGCCGAAAAACGCUAGUUCAAAGAGAUGGAAGUUUGUUCAGACAAGAGACAGUUAUAUUAGCGUGAUAUGACUCAUGAAUGACUGAAUUAAAACAGUCAUCUUUGUUCUUGCUGCACUAAUCCAGCAAUAUUUAUAUGCAUACGGAUCCGGAAGGGCUCAAUUUUGGAAAUAGAAUUUUUCUUACUUAACCACAAUGUUAGUAUAUUUUAAGUACGGUAAGUAACAAUCUUAAAAUAUUUACUCUUUUCUCGAUGAUAAGUUGCAUUUGGUAUAGAAGGCACUCA